AUGGAAUUCCAGUUUGGUAACGAGGAUGCCGCGUUCCAGAGGGACUUGCGCCAGUUCAUCGCUGACGAGCACGUUCCCGAGUGGGAAAUGGGUGAACGGGGUUCAGGCGAGGAGAACUGGGACCGAACCCUGGAUGUGCGCCGUAAGCUGGCCGAACGAGGUUGGCUCACGAUGCACUGGCCGGAGGAAUACGGGGGUCAGGCCGCAUCGCCGGUACGCACUGCCAUAUUCAACGAGGCCAUGACCUACCACCGGGCCCCUGGCCGCGACAACUUUGGUGUCCGGAUGAUGGGCGCCACCCUGAUGAUUCACGGCACUGACGAGCAGAAAGCCCAACACCUGCCUCCCGUGGCCAAGGGAGAGGUGCAAUGGUGCCAGGGAUACAGCGAGCCGGAAUCGGGUUCUGAUCUGGCGUCGCUGAGCACCCGGGCCAUCCGGGACGGCGACGACUUCGUCAUCAACGGCAGCACGGGAAAAUCUGGACGUCAAUGGGGCAUCGGGGCGACUGGAUCAUGCUGCUUACCCGCACCGACACCGACGCGCCCAAGCAUCGGGGCAUCAGCUUCUUCCUGGUUGACAUGA